AUGCUUUUUACAAAUAGACGAGCUGUACCAACAUUCAUUAGUCCAAAUAUUGAGAUUCAUCUGGCUCAUCCAACACCUGUUAAAUUUUUACAUGUGACCAAUUUUGAUAUUAAUCUUUCAAUUAUUAAAUUACCUGAUAGAAAUAGUCAACUUGAAAAUCGACCAUCGACAAGUACAAUUGUUCAACUACGUACCAUGGAUAUUCUUUGUUCAAUUGAAUUUCGAGAAUUAGAAAAGAAAAAUAGAGAGUUAACAACUAAAGUUGAUACUUUAAAAGCUGCUCUGAAACAAAUGGGCAGGGAGCAAAAAAAAAUGAAAGCAACACAUAUGUGUGAGUAA